AUGUCUUUAAUACCAUUAAAUUUUGAUCCUGACAUUGAAGGUAUAGACCGUUACUUACAAGAAGAUGAUGACGAUCCUGUGGCUGUCAAUUAUGAAGGUAGAUUAAAUAAUUCCAAUUGGUGUUCUUGUGGAUACUGUAAAGGCAUGCUUAGUGAUAUCAAGUGUUUAUGCUGCAAUGAAUUACCAAAUUUAGAAAAAAUACGAGAACAAGAAGGGAAAUGUAUUACUUUACAUCAAUCAAUUAAUAAAAAGAAAUUGGGUCAACAUCAUCCAGAAAAUAAAAUGUGGAGAUGUAUUUGUUAUAAACAGUAUACGUCUUGGGUCAAUUCUUGGAUUGCUAUGGGAAAAGGAAACCGAGUGGUCUUGCCUGCAUGUGUUGUACAGAAAAUAAGAAAAGAAUAUCCAGAACCAAAUGGAAUUUACGUAGGAUUCAAAAAUUCAAAAAAAUUACCGACUUAA